AUGGCAAUGCACGUGAACGAAAGUGCAAAUGUACAUUAUGGUUACGACGUAUACCCUGCAUAUCCACCAGCACAGUACCCGCCAGUAAUACCACCACCUGCACCUCAGCCUGCACAAGACAGGGGCUUGUUCCCCCCACCACCACCACCUCCGCCUCCUCCCCCAGCAAAUUACGGACCUGCAUCAACGCCAUCGUCAGAAUGUGAGAAACCUGGACAUUCAACCAGAAACAGAACUGUCAUUUCUAAAAAGCAGGUUGAAGUGCUCCAAGCUGUCUUUGACGUUAACCCCUUUCCAAGCAAAGAUAUCAGAACUCGGCUGGAAAAGGUUACUGGUUUGCCCAUGAGGGUGAUCAGAGUUUGGUUCCAAAACAGGAGGAGGGAGAAGAAGUAUAAGUCGAAAGCAGAUCCACUGAUGGAGCCUUUACUUGUACCUAAGACCGAACCGCUGGCGGUGAUUAAGACUGAACCGAUGGAACCGAAACCUGAGCCAAUAUUUCUUCCUAAAAUGGAACCGACAACAACGAGCCUUGAAUCAAGGCCUACGUCGUUGAUUGUGCCAAAAUCUGAACCGCAGUCGGAGUAAUGAAAUUGUUAGCCAAACUGAGGCCAUAUGAUAUCACACAACAGCUGUGACAGUCAUCAGUGAACAGUAUUUCAAGCAAAUGUGGUUAACAUGCGUCAAUCAACUGGAUCUUAUCUGGAAAGAGGAAUGGCAUCUGCAAAGUGAAAAGCUUACCGAUAUUUGAAGCUCUAAAGAGUUAAAAUGUAGUGUUCGUAUUUUGAAGAAAAGCGGAAUUUCAUCCAGUUUACUUUGUUAACUUGCAAUAUUUGAAAAUAUAUGAGAGAAGACAUUUUUUAGCGGGCCUUCUGUCAGUCGACUACGAUUUUCUGGCACCAAUGAUACCAUUUUCAGGAAAGACAUUUGUGGGCCAAGGUCUAAUGCUAUUUAAUAGCUCCUGUUCUGAAUAAAAGUUGAUAGAAAAGUGUACAAGUAGACAAUAGUCUUCAAGUUUAAGCAGUUUGUAAAACUCCAUAGUAGUAUAAUAAACUUAAGUUAUAGAAGUAGGUAUAAUCUGGAAUAGAUAUAGAGGAAAUCUUUAAUUAAAUUGGAACUGAUAUUUGAUCUGUGUGACAAACCUUCAAAGAAGAGUAACGAAUAUUCGUACAAAGUUACUUGUGGACGUCAUGUUAUAAUUUAUGGUACCAAUCAAUUAGUAAGGCACAAGUACAGGGUGUCCGCAAAGUUUUCCUUUUCAGGCGCAACUACGCUGAUAUAACAAAGCUAAUGUGUGGUGAAACGUGAGCGAACAAGUAAAAAAAAAAUAAAUGAAAGAGUACUCACUGUUUAGUUGAAUUGAAAUUCCAAGUACGGUUCUGUCGUAAAAUUCGUAUUUACAUCUUAGUCGUACAUCGUAUAACUGUAUGCUGACGCUGUGGACGUGAUCGAGGUAUAGGACAGGACGGCUGCGGUUGGGUUUAGGUGUGAUUGAGUUUACGAAGCCCAAUAUCUCGGUUCUCUUAAGACAUUGGUGUAUAUGCUACUAAGAAAAUCCGCUUAUUUUUCAAGAUCUACACGUCGUGUAAAGAGAAACUCCAACUUUGCGGACACCCUGUAUAGGGAAUAUAUGUUAUAUUUCAAUGCAGGUAUUUACAUUGAUAUAAUAUAGUAUCGAGUACUUAGAAGUGGUUUCUAAAUAUACUUAUCCGUUAAAUGAUGGUACUUAGAUUUGUCAAAGGAGGUGGAAGAGAAGUAAUAAUUGUAAUAAUCUCUAGAUAAUACCUUCUGCUUAGCUCAUAUGUCAUUCGGAUAAUUCUGUACAUAUAAAGUAAAUGUUACAAUUGUGUAGGUGUUAUGUACUUAUAUGAUUAUGCUUUUAGUUUUAAUUCUUGCCAAUUAACACUUACGAGAUGUAUACAAUACUCACAAAAUACAAUAGUGACCAUUUAUAACAUAUAUAGAUCUAGCUUACUGCAUAAACAUAACUACAAAGCUUUAAAUAACUACGCAUUUAUGCUUUAGUCACCUAAUCAAUUUUUGUGUAAUUUAUCCCAUCAGAUGCGGUCAUAUAUCUGUAGUUUUAGCAUUAAAAAACUUUUUAAAAUAUGUAUGAAUCGGUGUCAAGAUAUAUUAACAUUUUAUCAUACCACUUAGCAGUGCGUGCAUGUAUGAUUAUAGUUAGUUAUUUUAUUUAUACAAUGUGAUUUCUUCCAUAUACAGCUUCCUAGUGAUAUUUAUAUAUUUGACUAUAGCGAAUGCUUUUUAGGUGAUAUAUGUAUACGUAAA